GAGUCGCGUGUUGUCAACUGGGUUCAAUUUCGUUCAUUGUUUUGUUGUUUUUGUGGGCGGGGAGUUUUGUGCAAAUUCCUGCACUUCCAUCCACCAGGAACUCCCGGAAAUCCAUUGGAAAUGAUGCUGAAGCCUAAACUCCUCACACAGGUCCUGGGGCAGGCGAAUACAGGCGGUGUGGAGAAUACUCUCCUCCUGAAUCACGAGGGGAGCUUAUUGGCAUACUCUGGGUACGGUGACAAGGAUGCCCGGGUAACUGCUGCAAUUGCCAGCAAUGUGUGGGCGGCGUAUGAGAAGCACGGGCGGAAUACAUUUAGAAGAAAUGAAGAUCACCUCCAAGUGGUUCUGCUGCAGUGUGAGAAUGGCAAUGUUGCAAUUACCCAGGUGGCAAACUUGCUGCUGUGCCUCUAUGCCAAAGAAAACGUCGGCCUGGGGAUGCUGAGUCAGAAGGCCAAGGCACUGGCCAAGUACCUGGAACCCUCAAUUGCUAGAGUCUGUCAUACAUCUUGAGAUUCCACAUGAUUAAAACACGAUUCCUUGUUUCUUAUUGCAAA